AUGGGUGACUUACCAUCAGAUCGAGUACGCCCAUGUCGACCUUUCAGUAAUACUGGCACUGUUAUCAGCGGCCCAGUAUUUAUUAAAGCCUCAAAAAGACGAAACAGUCCUACAUCGAAGGGAUACAUAGUGAUAUUUGUAUGUCUUGCAACCAAAGCUGUACAUUUAGAAGUAGUAACAGACAUGACCAGUGAAGCAUUUAUAGCAGCAUUCAAGAGAUUUAUUUCACGACGAGGAAUUGUUACAAACAUGUACUCGGACAAUGGCACCAAUUUCGUAGGCGCAGAGAGAGAGAGCUUCGAGAGCUUCAAGAUCUGUUUACAAACGAAGAACAUCAGAGAAGAAUCGUCGAAGAAUCAACCGCUCACCUCAUUAAGUGGCACUUCCAUUCCACCCCGAUCCCCUCAUUUCGGAGGCUUAUGGGAAGCUGCUGUUCGGUCAGUGAAACAUCAUUUGAAACGAGUUGUAGCCAAACGCCUCACUCACCUUCGAGGAAUGUUACACUACUUUAACAAUGAAUGA